CCGCGGUUUCGGAUUCGCGCUGGGGAGCGGAUUGGCCGCAGGGGGGGGGUUGGAGUCUAUCGCAGGCACACACACACACACAGACACACACACACACACGGGCUCCUCCCACUGGACUAGAAGCACCGCGGGACUUGAGCUCAUCCCCUGCUGCAGUUGUUAGAUCGGUCCCCCCGCGAGGCGCUCCAGAGCCCGACUGCAGACUGACUCCUCCCGAACUACAGAGUUGCACUGACUCACUUAGUUUUGUCGCGCGUCUCUUCUGCGCCGGGGCUUCGAACCACCACCAUGCCGGUGUUCCACACGAAGACCAUCGAGAGCAUCCUGGAGCCCGUGGCCCAGCAGAUCUCGCACCUGGUGAUCAUGCACGAAGAGGGCGAGGUGGACGGCAAAGCCAUCCCGGAGCUCACGGGACCCGUGGCCGCGGUGCAGGCGGCCGUCAGCAACCUGGUCCGGGUGGGGAAGGAGACUGUCCAGACCACUGAGGACCAGAUCAUGAAAAGGGACAUGCCUCCAGCCUUCAUCAAGGUUGAGAACGCAUGCACCAAGCUGGUCCAGGCCGCCCGGAUGCUGAAGGCAGACCCCUACUCGGUCCCGGCCCGCGAUUACCUCAUCGAUGGAUCCCGCGGCAUUCUCUCCGGCACCUCGGACCUGCUCCUCACUUUCGAUGAAGCCGAGGUCCGUAAAAUCAUCCGUGUCUGCAAAGGAAUUUUGGAAUAUCUGACCGUGGCUGAAGUGGUGGAGUCAAUGGAAGACUUGAUCACUUACACUAAAAACCUGGGACCAGGAAUGACCAAAAUGGCAAAGAUGAUCGAUGAGCGGCAGCAGGAGCUCACUCACCAGGAGCACAGGGUCAUGUUGGUCAACUCCAUGAACACAGUGAAGGAACUGCUGCCGGUCCUCAUUUCAGCCAUAAAGAUCUUUGUGACGACGAAGACGGCCAUGAGCCCCGGCGUGGAGGAAGCGCUCAAGAAUCGCAACUUCACCGUGGAGAAGAUGAGCGCCGAGAUCAACGAGAUCAUUCGCGUGCUGCAGCUCACCUCCUGGGAUGAGGACGCCUGGGCCAACAAGGACACGGAGGCCAUGAAGAGGGCUUUAGCACUCAUUGACUCCAAGAUGAACCAAGCUAAGAGUUGGCUGAAAGACCCUAAUGCUCAACCAGGAGAUGCUGGGGAACAGGCCGUCCGGCAGAUCUUGGACGAGGCGGGGAAAGUCGGGGAGCUUUGUGCCGGGAAGGAGAGGAGAGAGAUCCUGGGAACGGCCAAGACCCUGGGCCAGAUGACGGACCAGGUUUCCGAAAUGCGCGCCAGGGGACAGGGUGCCACACCCAUGGCGAUGCAGAAGGCCCAGCAGGUGGCCCAAGGCCUGGAUGUGCUCACAGGCAAGGUGGAGAAUGCUACCCGCAAGCUGGAAGCCAUGACAAACUCCAAGCAGGCCAUUGCCAGAAGGGCGGAUGCUGCACAGAACUGGCUGGCUGACCCAAACGGUGGCCCCGAAGGAGAGGAGAACAUUCGGGCCCUUCUAGCAGAAGCCAAGAAGAUAGCUGACCUGUGCGAGGAUCCCAAGGAGCGGGACGACAUCCAGCGCUCCGUUGGAGAGAUCGCCGGCCUCGCUGCCAAGUUGUCGGAACUCAGGAGACUGGGUAAAGGCGACACGCCGGAAGCCAGAGCUCUAGCCAAGCAGAUCGCUACAGCCCUGCAGAACCUGCAGUCCAAGACCAACAAGGCUGUGGCCAACAGCAGGCCGGCCAAAGCCGCCGUCAACCUGGAGGGGAAGAUGGAGCAGGCCCAGCGCUGGAUCGACAACCCUACCGUGGACGACCGCGGUAUAGGCCAGGCGGCCAUGCGCGGUCUCGUCGCUGAAGGCCGACGACUGGCCAACGCCAUGCUGGGUCCGCACCGCCAGGAGCUGCUGGGCAAGUGUGAGCGCGUGGAGCAGCUGAUGGCCCAGCUGGCGGACCUGGCUGCUCGAGGGGAGGGAGACUCGGCGCAGGCCCACGCCGUGGCCCAGCAGCUCCAAGACGCUUUGAAGGACCUCAAGGGGCAGAUGCAGGAGGCGAUGACCCAGGAGGUGUCUGACAUCUUCAGCGACACCACCACUCCCAUCAAGCUGCUGGCCGUGGCUGCCACCGCCCCCCCUGAUGCUCCCAACAGAGAAGAGGUGUUUGAAGAACGGGCUUCCAACUUUGAGAACCACGCCCAGAAGCUGGGCGCUACGGCCGAGAAGGCUGCGGCUGUCGGCACGGCCAACAAGAGCACCGUGGAGGGGAUCCAAGCGGCCGUCAAGUCGGCCAGGGAGCUCACGCCACAGGUGGUGUCGGCUGCUCGCAUUUUGCUGAGGAACCCUGGGAACCAGGCCGCAUACGAACAUUUUGACACCAUGAAAAAUCAGUGGAUUGAUAACAUGGAGAAAAUGACGGGUUUGGUGGACGAAGCCAUUGACACCAAGUCCCUGCUGGACGCCUCUGAGGAGGCCAUCAAGAAGGACAUUGACAAGUGCCGUGCGGCCAUGACCAACAUGCAGCCGCAGAUGCUGGUCGCCGGCGCCACCAGCAUCGCCCGCCGUGCCAACCGCAUCCUGCUGGUGGCCAAGCGGGAGGUGGAGAACUCGGAGGACCCCAAGUUCCGCGAGGCAGUGAAGGAGGCUUCGGACGAGCUCAGCAAGACCAUCUCCCCCAUGGUCAUGAACGCCAAGGCCGUGGCAGGAAACAUCCAGGAUCCAGGUCUGCAGAAGGGCUUCCUGGACUCGGGCUUCAAGAUCUUGGGUGCGGUGGCUAAGGUCAGGGAGGCCUUCCAGCCUCAGGAACCAGACUUCCCACCCCCUCCUCCCAGCCUGGAUCAGCUCCAUCUGAACGAUGAGCUGGCCCCUCCCAAACCGCCUCUUCCGGAAGGGGAGGUGCCCCCGCCAAGGCCACCCCCACCAGAGGAGAAAGACGAGGAGUUCCCCGAGCAGAAGGCGGGCGAGAUGGUGAGCGAGCCCAUGAUGGUGGCUGCCCGGCAGCUCCACGACGAGGCCCGCAAGUGGUCCAGCAAGCCCGAAACUGCUGACGUGGGUUUCGAAACAGCCGAGGCAGACUUAGAUAUAGACGAUGAGGACGAAGCGGACGAUGUCGAGUUCGUCCUGCCAUCAGACAAUGAAGACGAUUACGAACCCGAGCUGCUCUUAAUGCCCACCAAUCAGCCGGUUAACCAGCCCAUGCUGGCCGCUGCUCGGUCCUUACACCAGGAAGCGCGCAAAUGGUCCAGUAAGGGCAAUGACAUCAUCGGUGCGGCCAAGCGUAUGGCCUUGCUCAUGGCAGAGAUGUCCCGCCUGGUGCGAGGGGGCAGCGGCAACAAGCGUGCCCUCAUCCAGUGUGCCAAGGACAUCGCCAAGGCCUCUGAUGAAGUCACCCGGCUGGCCAAGGAGGUGGCCAAGCAGUGCACGGACAAGCGCAUCCGCACCAACCUGCUCCAGGUGUGCGAGCGCAUCCCCACUAUCAGCACACAGCUGAAGAUCCUGUCCACAGUGAAGGCCACCAUGCUAGGUCGCACUAACAUCAGCGAGGAGGAGUCUGAGCAGGCUACGGAGAUGUUGGUCCACAAUGCCCAGAACCUGAUGCAAUCUGUGAAGGAGACUGUGAGAGAGGCAGAAGCAGCUUCCAUUAAGAUCCGGACGGACGCGGGGUUCACACUGCGUUGGGUGCGAAAGACCCCCUGGUACCAGUAAGCUCAUGCUGUGAGCGGGAGACCGUGGGAGACCACGUCCCUCCGAGCAGGGAGUGGACUGAGGACACGUCCUUGUUCACACUUUGCCGAAAACGAUCCCCACAACCCCUUUAUGGAGACACAAAAAAAAGAAAAUUUAAAAAAAAAAAAAAAAAAAUUUUUUAAACAGUGGCUAAAGAACUUGUUAGAUUUCAGAAAACCUCAUUAAUCUGCCCCUUCUUUCUUUCAGUAGAUUCAGAUUUUGUUUUUGCUGGAUAUACUUUUUUAAAAAGCAAAAUUAGAAUUAUUUUUGUGUUCACAUUCUGGUGUGAUUACAAAAUCCCAGGUAUAUACUGUAUGUAUAUAUAUUUGGAGAUUAUAUUUUUGGUAUCAAGAUAUUACUUGUUACAUGUCUAACAAGUCUGUCUGAAUCUGCAUGAAGAAGAAAGCUUUUUUUAGAACAGUAUUGCAUAUUACUGCAGUUUAAAUAUCAGGAUUAUCUUCAAUAAUUCUUGUACACUCCUGUCUGUACUUGCCUUGUGCUUCACUUGCUUGAAGAUAAUGAAUAUAUAAAUAUAGACUUUACACCAAACAAUUUUCAAACCGUAUUCCUAAUUUACAUUGUUCUAUCAUAACUAUAGAAAACACUGCUGUCAAUGUGAGUUUUAUGUAACAAGGUAAAUUAAAGUGCUUUUGAAUGGCUUGUUUCAGCAAUACAGUAUUUACCCAUCUUUCUUAUUUCACAAACUGUGUCAAAAACUAUGCCAAAGAAUUUGUUUCAUUGUGUUUUUUUGUAAUAUCGGUGAACACUAAGUGGUAGUUUAUUAAGGACCUUGACAGAAGUUUUUGUGUGUUAAUUUUUUGUUCCUGUAACAUAUAGAUUCUUUGAAACAUAAAUGAGUUACAAAUCAUUAUUUAGGUUUAGCCUGUCCUAAAACAGUAAACAAUAUUUAAGACUGUAUUUGCAUCUUUGUGUUGCUAUGAAUUUAGUGAAAUUACUUUGAUUAAUUAUUCAAAUACCAUUUGUUGACCAUUUGCUGUCUCUUAAUUUUUGGUUAUCAUACAUACAGGUUUAUCCACAGUUCAAGCCCAGCUCAUGUUAGUAGUAUAAAACUGUGCUAUAACAAUUUCAUCAAGUUGUGUGAUUCCUAGUAAUAAAUCUGUGCUUUAAAGGGGAAGAGAAUACAAUUAAAAUCACAUUUCUUGGAGGACUGUACAAAUGAGGCCUGCAUGCCAUUCACUCCAGUUUCAGUUAUUUAUUAUUGCUGCCUCUUAAAUUACUCUUCAAGGUUAGAAUUUUUCGAUAAAUAGAUGAUCGGUAAUAUAUUAAAUAUUUCAUAAAUGAAGCCAUAAAAGGUUCUUCGAGACUAGAACAAUGGAUCCUAAAUUAUGCACAGAAGUUAAAUAUAACUGUAAUAAAUUGAAUUCACCAAGAUGUUAGAUGGUCAUUGAAGAUGUGACUUUGGCUAAGGAUUGUGUUUCAAAGAACAUGCUGCAGACUGAAUGUAUAUUAUUUGUUCUAUAAUAUUCCUUAAACCUGUCUAAUCUACAUACCAUGGUGCCUUCAGUAAAAGUUUAAUAGUCUAAAAGGUAUGUGCUUUGGUUUUUAACAACAUAUAUUCAUAGAAGUGUAUGGUAUUUGGGUUCAAUAAUUAAUCCAGAUUGUCAGACUCCUUUGAUCGUCCUAAAUUUUUUCUGUUUAAAUUGUUCCAU